CGAGAGGCAGCGCCGAUCAUGGAGCUUCAAUUAUAGUUGGGUGGCUAAUGCUAUAUUAAGCACUGAGCAUCAUGAAUCAUGAGAAAAACAUCAACAAUUACAACAAUAAAAUAUCAAAUUCAACAUGGUUGGCCUUCAGAAACCCGGAGUCGACGCAUGGGUCAACUACUACCAGCCAAAUGGCAGUCCCCCAUCGCACAACGACAUGGCGAUCCUGCUGGGCUCCAAAGACAUGGUGUCGCACCGCGUGCGCAUCCACGAUCUGCGGCCCGAGAUGGAUCGUUUCUCGCUCGACGCCAACGGCUUCCAGUGUGCCACGCUCCAUUCGCAGGUGACCGACUUUGGUGACGAGAGCCAGAUCAGAAAUGUCUAUUUUAAGGAGGUUGAAAAACUCAUCCAGGAGACAACGGGCGCAUCCCGCGUGCUCGUCUACAACCACACCGUCCGCUCCAAACCCAGCAAUGAAUUCGGUGACCAGGUCAAGGGUCGCUACCAGGGCAUCGACGGUCCUGCAUACCGUAUCCACGUGGACCAAACCCCCCCGGGAGCACAGAACACCGUGCGGUUCAUGUUCCCCGAGCUAGCCGACGAGGUCAAUGCCGGCAACUUCCAGCUGCUAAACGUCUGGAGACCCCUGAAGAAAGUAGACCGGGAUCCCCUCAUGGUGGCUGACAUGGCUGCCCUGUCCACGGACGAUCUCAUUACCGUCCCUCGAUCGUACUACGACGGGCUGCAGUCGUCCAACUACGUGGUCAAGUACGAGGGACGACCCGCUGUGGAGGCGAGUGACCCUGUAACAGACGGUCUCAGCAACGGUGGGGAGCAUAGCUGGUGGUAUAUUGAUCAGCAGGAGGCGCAUGAGGCGAUCAUCUUCUCGUGCUCUGAUUUACGACCCUCGAAGAGACCGGAGGGUACAGUGCAUGGUUCGUUUCUGUUGCCCGACCAGGAUGGGAACCCUCCACGCCAGAGUAUUGAGGUCCGUGUGAUAGCUUUCUUCUGAGGCGGAGAAGGUGGGGCUGUUUAUGAUGUACAUUCUUGCAUAUUAGUCAUUUAGAUUGUCUCAGCUGUCAAUAUAUGAUCUGCGU